CUUAUCCCCACCAAAAUAAGACCCGUCUCCUUUCCAAAGAUCGCAAUCUAUCUUCACCCUUACAAAUUCCUCUCCCAACUCUAUCUUCUCCCUCUCGGCACUGCCCGACCUUUUCCACUGCCAUGGAGGAAUCCCAUCAGUUCUCUGAUGGAGUCGGCCUGUAUCCUUCCAAUCUCUCGCAGCUUCUACCUAAAAAAUUGAAGAAAAAGAGCUCGAUUAGAUGCACCUUUUGGCAUUUUGGAGUAGGAGACCGGCUCUCGGCAUCCCUUUGCUCUCUGUUCUUGAUGCUGCUCCUUAGCUUGCCGUCGAGUAAGGCUUGGGACGGGGUGAUCAUAGCCCAGUCGGAUUACCAAGGCCUGCAAGCUUUCAAGCAUGCAUUGGAUGAUCCCAGGGGAUUCCUCAGGAGCUGGAACGACACCGGCCUCGGGGCAUGCUCUGGCUCGUGGGCGGGGAUCAAGUGCGCCAAGGGGAAGGUCAUUGCGAUUCAGCUCCCAUGGCGGGGGCUUGGCGGGCACAUCACUGAGAAGCUCGGCCAACUCACCGCCUUGAGGAAGCUCAGCCUCCAUGACAAUUCCAUUGGAGGUCAGAUUCCUUCAAGUGUCCAGUUCCUUCCUGAUCUCAGAGGGCUCCAUCUCUUCAACAAUCGGUUCUCGGGUGCCAUCCCACCAUCUAUCGGUAACUGCAUCAUGCUUCAGACCUUUGACCUUAGUAACAAUUCUCUCAUAGGAAGCAUUCCCUCCUCCAUUGCCAACUCUACUAAGCUCUAUAGGCUCAACCUUAGCUAUAACAGCCUCUCCGGCAAUAUCCCGGUCGGUAUCACUCGCUCCCCUUCUCUCACUUUUCUCUCACUUCAGCACAAUAACCUGUCUGGUUCCAUUCCUGAUACCUGGGGAGUAACAAGAAAUAGAAGUGAAGUCUAUCAGCUUCAGACUCUGAAUCUUGAUCACAACUCCAUUACCGGAAACAUUCCAUCCUCCCUCGGUAGGCUACGAAUGCUGAAAGAGAUUUCAAUUAAUAACAAUCAACUCAGUGGUAGCAUACCUGAAGGGAUCGGGAGGCUUCCCAUGCUCCAAACCUUCGAUAUCUCCGGUAAUUCCAUCGGUGGUAGCUUUCCUGCUUCUUUGUCUGACUCCUUGUCAUUAGUCCGUUUAGACCUUGAGGGAAACCACAUUCAGAGCCGGAUCCCAGAAACCAUCGAUGGGCUUAAGAGUCUCUCUAUUCUAUCACUAAAGAGGAAUCAAUUCCAUGGGGAGAUCCCGGCAACACUAGGAAACAUUUCCAGCCUAUCACAGUUGGACUUGUCUGAUAACAAUCUCACCGGAGAAAUCCCAGGCUCUUUGGACCAUCUUACCAAGCUCACUUCCUUCAAUGUUUCUAAUAAUAAUCUAUCAGGUUCAGUACCUCUUCUUCUCUCGGAGAAGUUCAAUUCCAGCUCUUUCAGAGGAAACAUUCAGCUUUGUGGUUAUAGUGUAUCAGUCCCCUGUCCUUCGUCCCCUUCUCCAAGCCUUGCACCUACUAUUAGUCCCACAACAACCGGCCGACGAAAACUGAGCACUAAGGACAUUAUUCUCAUAGCUGCUGGAGGAGUGCUUGCACUCCUACUUUUACUCUGCUGUGUUCUGCUCUGCUGUUUGCUUAGGAAAAGGACUACUUUGAGUCAAAAGAGCAAAGCUGCUGGUGCUGCUGCGAGAGGCGAGAAGCCGGCGCCUGCUGCAGGAACUGAAGUGGAGUCAGGUGGGGACACUGGAGGGAAGCUGGUCCACUUCGACGGGCCGUUGGCGUUCACAGCCGAUGAUCUCUUGUGUGCGACGGCGGAGAUCAUGGGGAAGAGCACGUAUGGGACUGUGUACAAGGCCACACUGGAGGAUGGGAACCAAGUUGCAGUGAAGAGACUCAGAGAGAAGAUCACAAAGAGCCAGAGGGAGUUUGAGACGGAAGUUUCUGUGCUGGGGAAGAUCCGACAUCCAAAUCUAUUGGCACUUCAAGCGUUUUACUUGGGACCCAAAGGGGAGAAGCUGCUCGUCUUUGAAUUCAUGCCCAAGGGGAGCCUUGCAGCAUUUUUACACGCUCGCGGACCGGACACCCCUAUAGACUGGCCUACAAGGAUGAACAUAGCGAAGGGAGUGACUCGAGGCCUAAGCUACCUUCACAAUGACAUGAAUAUGAUCCAUGGAAACCUGACCAGCAGCAAUAUUCUACUAGAUGAGAAUAACAAUGCUAAAAUUGCUGACUAUGGCCUCUCCCGCCUCAUGACCACGGCUGCCAACUCCAAUGUGAUUGCCACCGCCGGCGCGCUUGGGUACCGUGCACCGGAGCUCUCAAAGCUCAAGAAGGCCAAUACAAGGACUGAUGUUUAUAGCCUUGGUGUGAUCAUACUCGAGCUCCUAACAGGGAAAUCACCAGGGGAAUCGAUGAAUGGCAUGGAGUUGCCUCAAUGGGUAGCUUCUAUAGUGAAGGAGGAAUGGACUAACGAGGUGUUCGACCUGGAGCUGAUUAGAGAUGCAACGGGGGUGAUGGGGGAUGAAUUGCUGAACACCUUAAAGUUAGCCCUGCAUUGUGUGGAUCCCUCGCCAGUGGCCCGGCCUGAGGCUCAGCAAGUCCUGCAGCAACUGGAGGAGAUCAAGCCUGAUAUGGCUGCUGGUUUGGCAGGCUCCACCGAUGACGGUGGUUCUAUUGCUUCUGCUGCCGCACCAACAAGCAAUGAUUGAUCGAUAAUGAGAGAAUCCAGUAGAGACUGGAGAAUUCUUUUAUUCAUUUGAGUUUUGAUGAUUAAGCAAUAUUUAGGUUCAUCUUUGUGGUCUGUAAAUAGAAUUAUUUGUCACGUUAUGAUUUUUUUUUUUCUAAUUCUAUUUUGGUAUCUAUCUAGCUUUCUUUAUGCACGAGAAUGUACUUUCCGAUAGGAGAUGAUUAAAUUAAAGGAAAAGUGUGUUUAAGUUA